AUGUCCACACUCAUUCUCCUCCUCCCAGCUCUCUUCAUCUGCCACGUGGCAGCCAUCUACACCCAACAAUCGGCUGAGGAAAUAUAUCAGAAAUUACGAGAAGCCAAAACCGCCGAUGAUUUUCGCAAGAUUUUUCGAGAUCCCUUUAACCAUGUAUACUGUAACAGACCAGCUAUUACUGUAUCCGGCGAAGGUUUUGAGAAGUUUUUGAAAGAUCGUGAAGUUAUUAAAGCGAAAUACGAUGCGGAUGGAUAUAUCACAACUGGAUGGAAAAUUGAAGAGUUUCAAUUGAAAGGCGGUGAUGGAUUUGAUUUUCUGAUCAGACUUGACUAUACAAAAGGUGAAGAAAGGGUCGUGUUGAAAACAGGAUAUCAGGUUUCGAAAAAGGAUGAUGGCUUGAAAAUUGAUUCAAGUGGUUCGAUUUGUGAUUAA